GCGGACGCAUAUACAACGCAGUGUUUUUGGGAAACGAAUUUUUUCUUCUCGAUACAAUUCAUUCAUAAAGUAAUUUGGAUUUGAGGUUUCAUCAAUCCAUUAAAAGAUCAAACGUAAAAUUCUUCGAAUUAAUGGUAUUUUGAAGAUUUAGUUCAAAAACUAACCGUCGACUCGACCUUUUCGAACAAAAGAUAGCGAGAGUGAAACGCAUUUAGUUAGUGUUAACAGUUUUAUUGCUGUAUAAAAAACGAAGAAGAUGGGGAAAUUGUUGCAAACUGUUGCUGCGAUGGCAUGUCUGAAAUCAUUGCUGAUGAUUUUUAAUAUGGCAUUUUGGGCAUCGGGUUUGGCGAUUUUUUGUGCAGGCAUUUGGAUGCAAGUUGAACUACACAAAUAUUUGGAAUUGAAUGUUGAAUAUUCCAAUGUGACUCCAUACAUUCUGGUUGGCACGGGUGCAUUUAUUCUGCUUGUCAGCUCGUUGGCUUGUUGUUGCACCGUUAAAGGUCAUCCAUCGUUACUGUAUACGUACGGUGGCUUUUUGGCAUUUAUUUUAUUCGUUGAGCUAUGCAUUGCUGCUUCCAUGUACGCCUACAAAGACCGUUUGGCUGAUGGUUUCGAUAAGGGGCUCGAAGAUGCCAUGCGUACCAACAGCAUCGACGAUCCACAACGUACCAUUGACUUCAAUUGGAUGCAGCGUACAUUACAAUGCUGUGGAAAUCAUGGAUACGAUGACUGGAAUAAAUUGCCACGAGAGAUGCCCAUUCCAAAGUCUUGUUGCAAAAUACCCAACUGUAAUGCUCAAGAUGAAACUCAGAUUUACACUGAGGGAUGCUAUGAUAAAGUGAGCGAAUUGAUCGACAGCAAUAUGUCAUUGAUAUUGGCGGCUGCAAUUUUGGUGUCGCUAUUUCCAAUAAUCGGAAUUGUAUUAACGUGCAGUAUGGCUAAAAAUAUCACCAAAACCAAAUACGAGCAAAUGGCUUAAGAGUGAUCGCGCCGCAAGUAAUGCGUUUGUGCCCACUAGUGUUUUAUUUAGGUUUAUUCAGAAGAAUCUUGAUGUGCUUUUUUCUAAAAAAAAAAAAAAACUAUAAAUGUUGAGGCUUUUAUAAAUUUUAUUAUCAAAUUAAAUGGAUUUAUUUUAUGCGUGUUGUAAGUGUUGCAUCGCCUGACCUUAUACCAAAUUGAUAGGCUUUCCAAAUCAAAUCAAGUGUCUAUGAUAGAAAAACAAACAAGAAAUCUCAUUGAAUUUUAAAGAAAAACUCUAACUACAGCUAGAAACUCACUGUUUUAUCAUAAUUGCACCAUUUAUCAUUUUUCAAUAGAAAUUAAAUACUUAUGGAUGUGAUUUUAAAUGAAAUUGUAUUGCCAACUAUUUUUUGCAAUAUUGUAACUCCAAUGAAAAAACAUUUAGGAUAAACCAUGAAGCAGUUCAAAAGACAGAUAGUUCCAAAAUCCUGCACAAGGAAUGAAAAUUAGGUCCAAAAUAUUAUAAAAAUAUCAAAGCCAUAUCGUGUAUUUAUUAUUAUGAUAUUUAUUUUGAAAUAUUGAGAAAUAAAGCGUACCUUUAUCAUAAACCUAAAUUGACUGUGUUUUUUUUAAAUCAUUAGGUCAUCGGGUGACAGCUAAGACCAGAAAAAACUUAAAUGACUAUCGAAACGAAUAAUCAAACCAAGAGUUUAGUUCUUAAAAAGGUUUUAUUUCUUUACCGUCUGUUCACAUUUCAAAAGAGUCUGAAAUUUUCGAAAUGACUUCGA